UGCAACGCCCAUGGUCACAGAUAGAGGAAGGAGUAAGUGAGUAAGAAAGAACGAGGAAAAGAUAGAGAGAGAGAGUGUGUGUACAUCGGAGAGGGAGUGAGAAAAAUGAGAUAAGUUAGACAGUAAAAUAAUCUCAAUCGGGUUUUGGUGUGAGGAGAAUAGAAUUAGGUGCGCGAAAGGAGGUGAAGAUUUUCCCCACGCCGUGAGUUUUAUUCUUCUCUUUUGGAGCUGUUAGUAUUAAAAAAAAAGGACGCGGCAUUUUUUCAAACCACGCUGAUCUGAUGAUCAUGACGGCAGCUGUCGAUAUGAAACCGACGUUAACAAUCAUAAAGACUGAAAAGAUGGACGAUCCAGAGUGUGGAGACGUCCCCCUGUUGACUCCAGGGAGUAAAGAGAUGAUGUCCCAAGCUCUGAAGGCCACCUUCAGUGGCUUCACAAAGGAACAGCAAAGGCUCGGUAUUCCAAAAGAUCCCAGACAGUGGACAGAAAACCAUGUGGCUGAGUGGCUAACAUGGACGGUAAAUGAGUUCAGUCUGAAGAAUGUCGACUUUGAGAAGUUUGGCAUGAAUGGAGCCAGCCUGUGUGCAAUGGGGAAGGAUCGCUUCUUGGACUUAGCACCUGACUUUGUGGGCGACAUCCUUUGGGAACAUUUAGAAAUGCUCCAGAAAGAGGAUACAAAGCAUUACCCCAUCAAUGGACUGACCUCCAACUUCCAGGAAUCCCGCUAUACCUCAGACUAUUUUGUCAGCUAUGGUAUUGAGCAUGCUCAAUGUGUCCCUCCUUCUGAAUACUCAGAGCCGGGCUUCAUCACGGAGUCCUAUCAGACGCUUCAUCCCAUCAGCUCCGAGGAACUCCUCACGCUCAAGUAUGAGAGUGAAUACCCCGGCAUCAUCCUACGAGACACGGCCCUCAACUCCAUGCCGGGCGACUACUUUUCUGUCAAGCAGGAAGUGGUGUCCCCCGACAAUAUGUGUGUGGGACGCCUCAGCAGAGGUAAGCUCGGUGGCCAGGACUCCUUUGAGAGCAUUGAUAGCUUUGAGAGUUGUGACCGACUGACCCAGUCGUGGAGCAGCCAGUCCUCCUUUAGCAGUCUGCAGCGGGUACCCUCCUACGAUAGCUUCGACUCUGAAGACUAUCCCACUGCCUUGCACGGCCACAAGCCCAAGGGCACCUUCAAGGACUAUGUGAGAGAGCGCUCAGACCUCAGCAAGGAUAAGCCCGUCAUCCCAGCGGCAGCACUGGCAGGAUACACAGGCAGUGGCCCUAUCCAGCUGUGGCAGUUUCUCCUGGAACUGCUGACCGACAAGUCCUGCCAGUCCUUCAUCAGCUGGACAGGCGACGGCUGGGAAUUUAAGCUCUCUGACCCAGAUGAGGUUGCCCGGAGGUGGGGCAAAAGGAAAAACAAGCCCAAAAUGAAUUAUGAAAAACUGAGCCGUGGCCUGCGCUACUACUAUGACAAAAAUAUCAUCCACAAGACAUCUGGGAAGCGCUACGUCUACCGCUUUGUCUGUGACUUGAAAAGCUUGCUGGGCUACACACCCGAAGAGCUGCACGCCAUGUUGGAUGUAAAGCCCGAUACAGAUGAGUGAAUGCAGAACUAGUGAAAAAAGCAAAAACAAACUGAGGACAAAAGUUAAGGAGCCACUGGGACUGAGGCUGUUUGAUAGAGUUGGUAAUCCAUUUUUCUGGGACCGAAAAGUUUUCAAUAACUGUAUGGUCUUUGUCGGGUUUGAGCUCCAGUCUUUCAGACCAAGUUUUAAAAGGAAGGCAGAAGCCAAAAAAACCUGUAUUCACAACUUGUUGGAAUUGAAGUGUGUGCAUGAAUGUGUGUGUGUGUGUUUGUGUGACUGUGUGCGAGUCUGACAUAUUACUGGUAUUAUUUAGCAGCUCAAGAUAAAUGAGAUGCUGUUGGGUAGAAUUAUCAGGUUAUCUUCUGUUCUGCUUAAGUAGCAAAGUGAGGGAGGCGAGAGCUCCGACAUACAAGGUGUGAAUGAACCAAGUUGAGAAGGAGCCUUUGUAAAGUAACUCAUUUCAUUUUUGAGCUAAGCAGGUGAAAGGUUCCUGCUGAGAUAACGGUUGCCAAAAUGUCAAAACUGAACUGAUAUUUACGUCCAUUAUCACUGUUUAUCUCCAGCAAGGGGAGAGCUUUCAGCAAGGACCAAAAAAAGUGUAAUGUAGGAUUUGAUGUUUAAGGACCAUAUGCUUGUGCCAGUAUUAUAUUAUUAGAGCACCAGAUGUAUGUCUAUCAGACCGAUUACUGGGCAGAGUAUUUUUGUCUUUAAGUGUUUUGAAUUAGAAUUCACCAUUAAAUGCCAAGUUACACUGUUCUGUUCUCAUGGAGCCCAAAGCAGAUUUGAGUCAGACAACACUAUAGACACACUGGCCCCAUGAUCUGUCAGGUUGCAAGAGCCUGUUGGAUAUUACUCAUACCCAAAGAGGUCUGAAACACAACCGAAAGUAGUCGUUGCUUCUGAAAGUGACGCUUUUACCUUAAUGUACAUGUCGCCACCUUGCUAGGGAUACAUUCUGUGACUGAAACAUGCAUUUUUGCAUAUGCCUCCAUUAUUAGCAAACUGUAGACAAUCUAUGUGGGGAGAAUCAGGAUUCUUUGGUGCAAAUUAGUUGAACAAUUUUGUCAGUUCACUGUCCAUAUCAACCAUCAUUUUGAUGAUGUUUUAACUGUCUGCUUGUCCUGUAAAAGUUGUAAUAGUUAUUGGGUGAUUUUUACACAACCCUAAGAAUGUCAAAUGUGGGUCAAUUUUUGUCUGUUAGGCAGCACAUUUUGUCCAUAAGAAGGGAACUAGAAUAGUGUGAUGGUACAAUGUAAGACAAAGAGAAAGGCAAUAUACCAAUGUUGACUUUAGAGAAUGAAAACUUGGUAGGUAUGAACAAGGUCAUGGAAAGGAGUCUGUGGAUAGUGCAGGUAGUGUAGGAUAGGCAAAAGAAAGGACACAAGAUGGCUUGAAUGGCUCAUGCAGGGCUGAUGGCAGACUAAUGAGAUUGUAGUUUAUGUGCAUUUUAUCAAUGAACAAAAUAAUAUAUGUCUCAGAGAGUGCCGUAUUCUAGCAGCACAUUUAUAACAAUUCACUGGUUACAUUUUUGGCGAAUUGGCAGCGGUUUCCUCCCCAAACAGUGGGAACAGUGUCGGUACACUGGGAAAUGCCAAAGUUGAAUAUUAUCCUACAAUACAAUGUUAUUGUUUACAGUGGCUGAAUGUUACCCAUAUGGAUAAAAAUAGCUUUGCAGAUGUCUAUUUGUACAGAUUGUAUUUCAUAAUGCUUUAUUGGGACCCGAAUUACACAAAUAAUCAUGAGACAAAGCAGGAAUAAUAACUAAAACCCAUGUGAGGUCUUUUGGCUGCAGUGCUUUGGGUGUCUACAGCGUUUGAAGACAUGGAGCAGAAAUUUCUCAUGAAUUUGGAAAGUGUUUUAUCUCUUCUUUUAUAUUUGUGAAGCAGACAGCUUUAGGACAAAGUCUUUGCCAAUUCGGGUGCAGAGAAGACAUGCUGUAUUUGUUCUUCUUGUCUAACUAGUAAAAAGCUCCAUCGUAAAAAGCUAGUAAAAAGCUCCAUCGUUAUCGAGCACUGACUCUUAAACCUGUGUUGCUUUUACAAUGCAGAGAGUAAGAUCUUUCAAAAUGUAUUAAACUGCACUGUGUUCAUUUCUUUCUAUAUGUUGUUUCAAACAGUGUUUCUUCUUUUAUUGUUGUUUUUAUUUUGGUCAUGAUGUUCAUUACAAAUGAAAACUUUAUUGCCUAUAAUUUUUUUUAAAACCAGUUUUGUCAGGAACCAUUUUGUUGUUCAGUGUGGGAGACUACAAUCUGCUGCAGGACUUGUGUUAUCAGUGACACGUAUAUACAAACCAAUAUUUUGUGGUAUAUGCAUAUCUCAAAAUGGAUUUUAGAAGGAAAGCCUUAUUUUUUUUUUAUGGAUGUUAUUCUCUUCUGUAUAUUUUAUAGUGUCUUUGUAUUUUUGUUAUGAGAUCAUUUUUAUUGUAUUUAGUUCACAAACAUUUGAAUAUUUUUCAGUAAUUUAUAUUUUAUAAAAGAUGAGAGACGCAGACAGCUGGUGCUUUCAUGGGAAUUUAAAGGUAGCGCAGGACAAAAUAAUGUAGCGGAUUUUUUUUUUUUUUUCAAUUGUCUGUUUUGGUUUUUUUUUUUUUCUUUUUUUUUAUAAAGAAAAUGGACCUGUCUGCUUGAGGAAAAAAAGCUGAUGCUGGCCCAUCAAUGAUUUCUGCUGGAAAGGUUUUAUAAACUGUAGCUUCUAUUUCUAAAAUGUACUUAAUGUACUUCAAAAUGUUAUAAAAUAUAUGUGAAGAAAGAUUUUA